AUGCCAUCUUCAACACCCCCGCAACUGGACAACGUAGCCGUGAGCAUCGACAGCUCCGCCAUCGCCAUCAUCAAAUAUAACCGUCCAAAAGCCGCCAACGCCCUGAACGUAGCGGUGCUCAAGGAUGUUCUAUCCGCGUUGCAAUGGGCUGAAGCAGCGGACAAUGUGAGGGUGAUUGUCACGACGGGCGAAGGGAAGUUCUAUACGGCUGGGUUGGACUUGUUGGAUAAGAGUAAUCAGCAGGAAGGGGCGACGAUUAAUGAUGAGUUUAUUGGGAUUUUGGGCAAAAUCCACGAGGCUAUCAUCAACACCAAUAAGCUCGUUGUGUCUGCCGUGAAUGGCCCAGCUCCUGGUUGGGGAACCUCCUCAAUUGCUCUCUCCGAUCUCGUCUACGCCGCCCCCGAUGCCUUCUUCUUCACUCCCUUCGCGCAGUGGGGACUUUGCGCAGAAGGCUGCUCAUCCCUAACAUUCACCCGCAUCAUGGGCCGCCAGAAAGCCUCAGCCCUAAUCCUAGGAGGCGCACGAAUGACAGCCGCCGAACUGGAAAGUGCUGGCCUGGUGACCAAGAUCCUGCCCAAGGAGAAUUUCCUCGAGGAGGUUUUGAAGAUCGCGAGGGGAAUUGUGAAGUUGCCGAAGGAGAGUUUGAAGACGAAUAAGGAGUUGAUGAUGAGGAAUUUGAGGGGCGAGCUGCUGGAGACGAAUCGGAUGGAGUUGGAGUUGUUGAGGAAGCAGGCGAGGACGCAGGAGAGUUUGGGUGCUAUUGCGGGCUUUGCGGCGGAGACUGAGAGGAAGAAGAAGGAGAAGGCUGGGUCGAAGCUAUGA